UUUUAGUUGCAGGAAACACUCCGGCUUCUGCGGGACGUCUCUCUGUCUUUCUGUCAUGUGCUUUUAUUCACAGCUUCAUAAAAAAAAAGGGAGAAAAAAAAGUUGAGCCAACUUCCAAGUUCCUGUUAGUAUUAGUGUUUGACUCAGACUGAAGGAGCAGUUUUUAAAAGCUUUGAGCACCUGCGCAGACAUUUCUUCACGCUUUAAGCGCGCUCGCAUCUUUAUUCUCUUAAUAAUUUCAUUUUAGCGCAGCAGGCAUAAAUCCUUUAAAUCGGUGAAAGAAAAAGAGAGGAGAAAAAAAAAACAGAGAAGGUAAAGGAGGCUCCCCUGGGAGCGGUCCUGCGUCUGUAUGCGCGGGGACCCGCAGCCCAAUGAGGCUUAUUUACAUUAAAUACGCCACAAGGUUACAGUGCAGAUAGAUGAGCGUCAUUUUUAUCACUCAUUACUUCUCUUUAGCGGUGACUGACGCUCGGGACGCAGAGGAGGAAACGCUCAUUUAUCCAGGAGUUUCUAAAGGCCAGGAGGAGACGAGGAGGAAGGGGAUCUAAAACAACUGUCCUGAAAGUCUCUUGUCGUCCCACCUUCUGUGAAGCUGUCUGCGCUCUUCCUGAGAUCCGGCAUCCGUUGGAGAGGCAGCCGUGCAGGGCUAACCGGUGAGCACCGGGCGCGCCGCUUUGACGGAUGUUCACGCGCCUCCUGUGUUGUCGGGGGACAGGCCGCUGAUACUCUUCAUCUUUCACGAGCAAAGUCUGAGGGCUCUGUGUGCAGCAGCGACCAGGAGCGGAGCUGAAGCUGGCUUAACUGGGCUAAGCACACUGUCGCGCUGUCAGAGGAACAACCCCCUCCCAACGUCUGAGGUGGCCAUUCCAGUAAGCACUAGUCAGUGAAGAGUGGCAGCGAGAGGCCUCUUGAUCCCAACAGGUUGUGCACCAGUAUGCAGGUGGCGUAUUAAGGAUGGAUGACUCCAGUUUAUGUCUUGGUGUAUCAUCAGCGGUGCCUGACACUGAUGCCCAUCUCAGUAGUGCAGUUUUAAAUGGCCGUUACCCCAUCAGUCAAAAGCUUCACCAGCUCACUGCCCAACUAGGACACGCCUUUCCCGACCUACACCGCCCACAACAGCUUCCUGAAGAGAAGGCUGUCACUCCUCUGGAUGACAAGACACACCACGCAGCCCUGGCAAGUCAACCUAUCAGCAGUCAGAUGGCCCUGUUAGCCAAUCAGCUCAACCGAGACAUUGACGCGGGCGCACUAAGUGGGUUAAAUGGCCGGGUUGAUCUUCAGCAGUUUCUCAAUGGCCAAAACCUGGGCAUCAUGUCGCAGAUGAAUGAUAUCGAAGAUGAUGCUCGCAAGAAUAGAAAGUAUCCCUGUCCGCUGUGUGGCAAGCGCUUCCGUUUUAACAGCAUCCUUUCACUCCACAUGCGCACACACACAGGCGAGAAGCCAUUCAAGUGCCCCUACUGUGACCACAGAGCAGCUCAGAAGGGCAACUUAAAGAUCCAUCUCCGCACCCACAAGCUAGGAAAUUUGGGUAAGGGCCGCGGUCGUGUCCGAGAGGAAAACCGGCUCCUUCAUGAACUUGAGGAGAGGGCAAUCCUGAGAGAUAAGCAGAUGAGAGGCAGUGGAAGUCUUCUCCAGACAGCUCAAACACCCCAUCUUGUCCUCAAUAGCAGCUCCAACACCCAUCAGCAGCAAAUGCCGUCAACCUGUGGCCCUCCUCCCCUUUCUGGCCUUGCAACUCCAGACACAGCUUCUCAGCCAUCUUCCUCACCCAAACCGACAAGCCAGGAUGAACAGUCCGUGAACCCAGCUAAUGGCUACCGUUGCACUUUCUGCAAAGGGAAAUUCAAGAAGCGUGAAGAGUUAGACCGCCACAUCCGUAUUCUCCACAAGCCCUAUAAAUGUACUCUAUGUGAAUUUGCUGCCUCCCAUGAAGAGGAACUGAUAAGUCAUGUGGAGAAGGCCCACAUCACAGCUGAAACCACCCAAGGACAGGGUGCCGGUGGAGCUGGUGGCAUGCAAAUGGCCACAGAAUUUCGGUGUGACGUCUGUGGCCAGGUAUUCAGUCAAGCAUGGUUUCUUAAGGGUCACAUGCGAAAGCAUAAGGACUCCUUUGAGCACUGCUGUCAAAUCUGUGGCCGUCGCUUUAAGGAACCCUGGUUUCUGAAGAACCACAUGAAGGUCCACCUAAACAAGCUUGCCAUUAAGAGCAAACCGCCACAGCCCAGUGAGCAAGAUAUGGCUGCUGUUAACAGCAUGAGCAAUUUGGCUCAGGAGGCUCAUGCCAAUCUCUAUUCCCGCUACAUCUCAUGUCUUCAAGGAGGUUUUCUCUCACCAGACAAACAAGGCCUCAGUGAGCAACACCAGAUGUUAGCUAAAGCAGGGAUUGCCAUGAAGGAAAAGGAGAUGUUAGGAAAACUGCUUGGACCAAUGGCAGGAGGUAUGGCUCAUGGGCUUGGUGAAAACGAAAAGCGCUCACUCCUUGGUUGUCUCAAUCUCGUGCCCCCACUCAAGUCCAGCUGCAUGGAGCGCCUACAGGCAGCUGCAAAAGUUGCAGAAAUGGACUCUCUCAACAGUUAUCAAGCCUGGCAGAUCAUGGCACGUGGUAUGGCCAUGGACAGGGCUUUCAUGCCCAAAGAGCAGCAGCACCAGCCGCAUAUAACCCCAGGGCAGGAAGAUGAGAUGAGUGGUGUGGUGGCCCUGGCCUCCUACUCAAAGGACAAACAAGAUUAUCCCUUAAUCGCUUCUACUGAUAGCUCCAAGCAGAAGCAGCUCUCUGAGAGCAUGCAGGGAUCUAAGCUUUCUAGCGGAGCCAUGAUUCCCAUGAAGGAGGAUGGAAGAGGCUUCGAAAGUCAUCGUGAUCUAAUCCCUCACCAUGGUGUCGCUGAAGCUCCAGGAGGCCUGUCUGGUUUAGGAGCCCCAAACAUUGACUACAGCCUUUCCAGUCUGAAAGAGAAACCUUCAGAGUGCCCCGAUUGUGGCCGCGUCUUCAGAACCUACCAUCAAAUGAUUGUCCACUCCCGAAUACAUGGCAAAGACAGGAGAGGCAUGGAUGAAGCUCUUCAUCAAAGUGUAGAUGAACGCCGUGGCUCAGCCAGUGAUCCCGAGUCCCAGUCCAUUAGUCGCUCCACUACUCCCGGUUCGUCUAAUGUGACCGAAGAGAGCGGUGCCGGGGGAGGACAGUCCCAGACGGGAAGCAUCCAAGAUGAUAGUCCACAUCCCUCAUCGCCAUCCUCAGUUCCGACUAAGUGUCAGAUGACUCCAGAGAAAGUGAUUCAAGAAAAGACCAGGUUCACAAUUGCAUUCUCAUUUGCAGAUGUUGGGGAAGACUCGGGGAAGGUACCGGUGAGCCUACAGCCGCCUCCAUCCCAGAUCAGGGAGCGAAGCGUCGGAUCGUCCUCCAAAGACUGCCCCUACUGCGGCAAGUCCUUCCGCACCUCCCACCAUCUCAAAGUCCAUCUGCGGAUACACACAGGAGAGAAACCCUACCGAUGCCCCCAUUGUGACUAUGCUGGCACCCAGUCUGCCAGUCUGAAGUACCACCUCGAACGCCACCAUCGUGAACGUCAAAAUGGCUCCAACACAUCGGGCUCAUCCUCUGGUCACAACACAUCUUCAGACCAUAAAGAAGAUCCUGUAAAAGCAGGUAGUGGGAUCUUUGCCCGACCAGACGUGCUCCGUAAUGUUUUCAAGGGCAUGCCAGCCAAUCUGGACUUCAGAGCUGGUCCACUGCUGCCACAUCAGUGGACAUCAGCUGGCAUAAUAUCUCCACAUGACCGAGAUCGUGGGGAACGGCGUUUUGAUUCAGCCCCUUCUUCUGAGAACCUGAAGACUGCUGAUGGCCAUUCCCCAAUUGUUUCAGCAACUGAUAGCGCUGCUAGCUUCUCCGAUCUGAGCAGAGCUUACCAAAGUAUGAUAGGGAAUGGAGUCCACUUUCAAGGUUCUCUCCAAGCUUUCAUGGAUAAUUUUGUCCUGAGCUCUAUGAAGAAAGAUGUUAAUGACAACCAGAGCCCUGUCCAACUCCCAGCCCAGCGCUACCAUGAUAAUGGUGAGCCCAAAGCCAAACGAGUAGUAUCAACUGAACAGGAUAAAGAUGAUAAAUCAGAAGCCAAGAAGCGUUCAGAGCCCGGUAAACCUGGGUCCCAAUAUGAACCUCUUGAUCUCUCUGUAUCAGUACGGCCUGAGUCUGGACCUGGAUCUCUGCCUGGCUCCUCAGUCACUGUUCAUGAUAAUAUAGCUUGGCAUGGCUGCCUGUUCUGCUCUUUCUCCACUUCCUCUUUGGAGCUCAUGGCUCUACACCUACAGGCCAACCAUCUGGGUAAAGCCCAAAUGCAGCGGUCUGAUACUGGCAAGGAGAUUCAGCAAGAAGGUGUUCCCACCAACCCAACCAUUCAUGCUUCCAAUAUCAAGACCUCUGCUUUGGCUCUAGAUAAAGAAGGAGACAGAGAUGGGGAGAAAAUCCAGGGAGUGUGGAACAACCACAUUGACCAACCAUACAAUCCCUUCCAGAGUGAUUUCUUCAGGAGGUUUGGUGGCUUAUAUGACGGAUCUUCAAGAGUCAAUCCAGGCCUUCAAGGUUAUAUAGCAGAGCAGGGACUGGAGCUGCAUAAUCAGAUCAUCGGAGGAACACCGUCAGCUGUGGAUGACCAGAUUGGUGAAAAGGGUUCCUGUGGAGAUACUGAGUUUGACCGCCUUGGAUCCGAUGAAGAACUUGCAAAAGCUGGCGAGCACAGCACAUGUGAGACCCCUUCAAACACCCCCAAGAGACAACACCUACAGAAUAACUCUGAGGAAGAAGAAGAUGACGGUAGAGUGGCUGAAGAAGAGGAGGAAAGAGAUGAUGAUGAACAGAUGGACUUGGAGAGAGAGGACGAAGGCAGUCCAGCUUCAGACCACAGCCAGACUCAUGCUAAACAGCUGCAAGAUGACCCAUCUCUUACUCUACGGAGCGGUGUUGGUCUACCACCAUCCUCCACUACCAUGAAACCACUUUCUGUGGUUCCCCAAGCCCAGAACCAAACUUUGGCCCUGGACAAGCAGUGGCAGCAGGGCCUGGGACUCCUGUCUCCUGAAGGUGCAUCAGGACUUUUGAAGACUGACCAGCAGACCCACCUAGAGCAGCAAAUGACCAUGCUGUCGGUUCUCAGAGCCUACAGCAACGACACCACCCCUACAUUCAAUGGCCUGGGAGGUGGAAGUGGCGGAGCAAUCACAGGUGGCAUGAAGAGGUCUGACGGAACCGCACAUCUGUGGCUAGGAGAGGAGGACCAUCCCAUGACCCAUGACCCCACAUUGACCCUCGAGCCCAACCAGCUUAACAACGACCUUAACCACAACCAUAACCUAGGUGAGGGGCUGGAUGGCCACGCUGUAAACAAAGAAUAACGACUCCCACCGGAACAAGGCUCAGCGAUGACCAUAAUGAAGACGACGAUGAAGGUGACAAUGAGGUGGCGGAGGAUGAAGGUUAAAUGAAGGAAAACACUAUAACAGAGACUUUAUUUAAGAUGAUUUUUAAAAAAAAACUACUACCAUCAGAGGGAAUGGAAAGUGAGAACUGUAAAAUGGGACGUCUGAGACGGUCUUUGGAUUCGCGAGAUGGACCUAAUGACUUUUGCAAGCAUCCUCGCACACUUAACAAGACAAUGGCAACCUUCCUUUGUGUUUCCUGUGGUCUGACUGCAUCUUGUCUUUGUUGUCCUAUACGCAUUGCUUCUGUUCUCCUUCAGGUCUUCUUUCUUUUGUUUGGAUGAAACUACCUGUCUGACGAUGACUUCCUGUAAACUAGCCCUAACAUUAUCGAGACAUUCCUUGAGCUAGAAAAAUCUUUUGUAUCUAGGACUGAAGUGGAAAACUUCAUCAAAUCUGUUUCCUUUCCUGUAAAGUGAAGAUUAUUCUGUUGUACUUGGUAGAAUGUAUUCUACUGCUGAAUAGAAACAAAAUUUUAGCAGACUGUUGACUGAGACCAAGCACAUUCCUGUCAAACUAGUGGCUCAUGGCUCGCCUUUUAGCUGUCAUGACUCCUUGUUUAUGUACCAGGCCAUUUGCGCUGAACGUGGUUAACAAAGGACAUGGUGUUAUUUUUAACCUGCAGCCUGGUUCUUCCCAGGAACUACUACUGGAGGUUUGACUGGUUGACUUGUGAUGGUGGUGGUGCUAAUAAGGAUUGUGAAGAUGGAACAUUGAAACUGCUCUAAGUGCACCACCCUCCCUAACUAGGCCUUCACCCCACUACAGAAUCUGCUCUUUUCCAUUUUUUCUGUAUUUUUCAAUGCAGCACAGGUGCUCGAUGUACAUAGAAAGAUAUACAGCAGUUCGACAAAGUCGACAUUUAAAAUGUUUGUGAUGAGGGAAAGUAGAGGAGUGACAAUAGUUUAUUGGCCACACAAUCACAUGGCCUCAGUUCUUCUCAAGUUCUAAAAGAGGAAUUAAAAAAAUAGAAAAAUCAAAAAAUGAAAAGUGCGAGAACAGUUUCUUUCUUUAGACCCCUAUAUCCCGUUUGCUUCAUCUUUCAUGUCAAACCUGGAGGACUGUAGUGUUGCAGAUGUUUGUAUAAUACUGCCACCGUUCAUUGUUGCACAGUGUUACUGACUACUGAAAAUGGUUUGAUGUAUUUACUUUAAGAUGAGAAAAAAAUUGCAUAAAACUGGAAAAAGACAAUGUGUAUAGCCUUAGGUUACAAGUCAUCCGUUAUUGCUACUUCAAAGCUAUGUAACUGUGCUAGACUGUAGGCUUUAGGGUUGAUUUUAUUUUGAACUUUUUUAUGUACUGUACAUUAAUGCCUUGUCCAUUUACUGAUCAUAAAAGAGAGAAAAAAACAAGAAAAAAAUAGGAAAAAGAUGACAAUCGUCUCCUGUGCCCCCAUAUAUACAGAUACAUAAAGCAUAGAGGGACUUAUCCUUUCUGAUUUCUUUAAUCUGUUUGGAUUCUCAGAAGUAUUUUGCACUGUGAUAGUAUUAUAAAUCCAACCUAUACAGUACAAAACUAGCUAAUUAACUAAAACGAGCGUGUGUUUGUGUCCCUUGGCAUUGUGAAAUGUUUCUAUGUCAUUUUUUGUGAACCCAGAAAAAAAAACCCAGAGGAAAAAAAAGUCUAAUGCGGUAUGUAUAGUCCAAAUAUAAGACUUCUUCUUCUUUUUUUGAUCAACAUCUAUACUGUAUGUGGCUUUGAAAAAUUGCUCCUCAGAUUUCUAUUAUUUUUUUUUUGUAUGCUAAUCCCUUUCUGACCUACAGCAUAGACCUGUUACUGCUUCUUCCUGGGUGACUUUCAGCUUGGCUACCAGCCUGAGAAAAUUUUGCCCUGCCAAUCUUUUCUUUUCAGCUACAUUCAAAUUAUUUCUCUAGACUACAAUAAACCAUACUUUCAAUUUUACAGAAGAGGAGAUUCAAAAUCUAAAUAAUAACUAAGUUGAAGCAUUGAAAAGUGAGAAGCUAUCCUUUUUGGGGUUUGGAAAUGGGGUCAUAGCAAACCAGUUGGAUAUGUUCUGGAGAAAUCACUGACCAACAGCUUUGGCUUUUGACCUUAUCUCUGUUUUCUGUAUAAUGAUGAGAGAGAUUCAUGGUGAGAGUGGACCUUGGGCUCUCUCCAUCUCUGAACCAGCUAUAAUGAUCAUUCCAUUCCACAUAUGAUGUAAAAAACCUGUCUUGUGAGCUGAACACUCUAUGUUUUGCUGUAUCCUUAUGGCAGAUGCUUCGUUUUGUAACUACUGAACUGUACUUAUAAUAAAAAUAAAAUGUAUUCAAACUAAAAA